AUGGACCCGACUUCACACUCUUACGAUAGUGCGCCAGUGCGGCGCUCGCAACUGCUCUCUUCAAUUUCAGAAUUAAGACAAGGAAUCCAAGCUGCUGAGGCCGACGUCGAUCGCAUUGAGAACCGGAUCUCAUACAAAGAGGACUGGCUCAAAGAGCUCAAAUCUGAACGCAUUUCCGCUGAUAAGUCCAAACCGUCAAUUGACAGGGCCAUCAAGCAGACACAAGUGCGCAUCAAAGAGAUCGAAGAGACUCUGAUUGCGAAGAAAGAUGAGAUCGCGCACCUGAAAAGCAAGCUAAAGAAGAAGGAGACAAAGCUUGCAGCGAUCCCACAAAUCGAGUCAUCCAGUGCGCCCAACCCCAAAGACAACGAAGAUGCUGCAGCACUGCUUGAAGUCACAGCCACCCCUGUGAAUGCCAUCUUUACAAUCAGUGAAGACGGCGAGACCUACACCAACCCGCCCAUGCUUCGGGGUGUCCCGGUUGCACCCAUCAGCGAAACCGGUUCAUAUUGGAGCCCGAUGUGGAAGAAGUUCGCAGAGGCAGUCAACGAAGAGAAGGUGGAAAGGGAAUAUCAAGAAUACCUCUUCAUCAGACACCAGCGAAUGCUCCAAGGACCCCUCCCAGCAUCAGAAGAUGACCCAGAGCAUGUCUUCAAGAGAUACCAGCGCAGCUUGCGGCAAGCCAAGGUCACAAAGCAGUGGUUCAACCCGGGACGCACGAUCCAUCCCAAUCAACUCAUGGCAAAGGAACACUUGCCUGAGACUGGGAUUUGCGACAACUAUGUUCUCUACAAGAUCUGCAACAUCCUUAGCCGCAUCAAUGCCAUGUAUGAGCGCGGAGAGCUGGGAAUGCCGCCUAUGCACUUCCUCAUGUGGAGGAUGAGUGUCUCCCUAGAGCGCUUUCCGCACGACCCCAUGAAGUCAUUCUGGCGUGUCAUGGUUAACAAGAACCACGGUGCUUACGACAGCAUUCUUCGGCAAGCCGAGAUCAGAGGUGCACAGCAUACCGGUGACUACAACUUCUACUUGGGUCGAUGGAAGCAGACAUCUUCUGCCAGAGACCAGGCCCAUUCGUCCGCAUUGUCCGGUAGCAGAUCAAGCGCCCCUGCCACAGCAAUUGCACAGCCUGGAGUGAGUCCUCAUGAGGCUCUUGCCCAGCAGCAACAGCAGCAGCGACAGCAGACUUUGCGCGGGCCUGUUUCGAACUUUGCUCUGAGCCCAACAGAGGCAUUGAGAUUGCAAAUGCAGAUGCAGACAUCCUCCACACAGGAAGAAGGACAUGUCAGUGACCGACGCAAGACGCGCCACCAUUCAGAGGCGUUUGAUCAACCGACCUCUGAUCACGACGGAAGCCACUUGCGCUCUACUAAGAAGCUGCGUCAGUCACCGCUGUUCAAAGACAAUCUUCUUGCGAUUCGAAGCAGACCAUCCGCUGAGAGCAUGGUCUCGAACCGUUCCUUGGCCGGACCCAGCAUGGAGACUGAGCCUCUUGUGGAUCUGGAAACUAUGGAUCUGGAAGCUAUGGAUCUGGAAGCUAUGGAUCUAGAAGCGAAGACCGAACAUGAGACUCGCACCCAGGCAUCUGCGGUCGGGGAUACGGAUGCCCCGAUGGAGGAUGAGCUUCAACAGAAUAGCUUCGAGAAACGCAUGGCCGAUAUCGAUGAUUUGUCAACCAAGGCAACGGCUCCGAUUCCCGAGAAGACCACUGCCAAAGCCCCAGUCGACAAUCGCGAAUGGAUUGACAUGUUUGUCGGCUCAGAAGAAAUCAGAAGACAGAUCCAGCCCACAAACAUGGAGGCCAUCAGAGCUUCAGUCGGAGAGAGUCCUUUCCCGAAGGAUACUGGAAGAAGAGUUUCUCAUGGAUUUGUCUUCCCCUACUACAGCAGCGAGGAAGCUCAGAAACUGGACGAGCUGGGAUUCCCUUUCUAG